GUCCGGUGCCCGCCCCGCCCCACGAGUGGGCGAUGCCAGCGGCGCGCGGUGGGCGGUGGGGGCGCCUCCCUGAGCGGCGGGCCCGGCAGCUGCAGCGGCAAAUGCAGGCCAAAGAAGAGCGGAUCGCUGAGCUGGAAACGGAAAACGCUGUUCUUCACCUGAGACUGGCCCAGCGCCUAAGGCUGGCGGGGACGGCGGGGACGAGGUGGCGCGAGGGCCUCCCACAGCGGACACGCUCGCUCCUCCGGCUGCAGCAGGCGGCUCAGCGGCUGCGCCAGGACCUGCGGGAGCUCCGGGCCGCCUCCGCGGACCUUCUCGGGAGCUGCCGGGACCAGCAGCAGGACUCUCUCUCCCGGAUCCUGGCGGCCGUGCAGAGCGCGCAGCACCACGGGGCGCUGCCAUCGUGGCGAGCCCGGGCCCUGCGCCUGGAGCAGUCCCUGCAGGAGCUGAGCGCCCGCUUCCACCGCGAGAGGCAGAGGCGGCGGCGGCUGCACAACCGCCUGGUGGAGCUGCAGGGGAACAUCAGAGUCCACUGUCGGAUCCGCCCCGCAAUGCCUGCGGCCGCCGAGCCUCCCGACCCCGUGUCACACAGCAGCUCUGCGUCCGGAGACGUGGCCCACGCGGUGGACGACGAGACGGUCCUGGUGCGGUGCAGCCGGCCCGGUCACCACGCCGUUCACAAGACGUUUCACUUUGAAAGGGUCUACGGCCCCGCGGAGGGCCAGGCCGCGGUGUUUGCCGACGUGUGCCCCCUGCUCACAUCUCUGCUGGACGGGUACAACGUCUGCAUCAUGGCCUACGGACAGACCGGGAGCGGGAAGACUCACACCAUGCUGGGCCCGCGGCCCCCGGGCGCUGCGCAGGCCGACACGGGCCUCAUCCCCAGGGCCGCCGAGGAGCUCUUCCGGCUUCUGUCAGAAGAUCCCUCAGAGAGGCCCCGGGUCGAGGUCUCCGUCGUGGAAGUUUAUAACAACGAUAUUUUCGACCUUCUGGCCGAAGACGGCUGCGCAGAGCGGCCCGGGCUCAGGCGCGAGGUGCUGACGACCAGGGAGGGGCGGAAGGCGGUGUCCCCGCUGACCUGCCUGCCCGUCGGCAGCGCGGGGGAGCUGAUGGAGCUCGUGGGGGCCGGCCUGCGGCUCAGGGCCCGGCGCGCCACGUCCGUGCACGCGGAUUCGUCUCGCUCUCACCUGGUCGUCACGGUGACGCUGACCGCAGCCGCCUCCAGGGACGGCACCCCUGAGCCGCGGUCCAGCCCGUCACCGCCCCAGGCGCCCAGCUGCCCCUCACCGUCCCCGCCAGCAACAGGGAGGAGGCCGCGUGCUCCCCGCAGAGCCUCGUCCGGGUCCCCGGGGGCCCCGCCCGAGAGCCCCGCCCGGCCCGCGGGGCAGGUGCGUGCCCGGCUGCAGCUGGUGGACCUGGCGGGCAGCGAGUGUGCAGCGGCGUCUGGAGCGCGGGGACCAGCGCUGAGGGAGGCGUCCUUCAUCAACCGGAGCCUGGCGGCCCUGGCGGACGUCCUGGGGGCGCUGGCCGCUCGCCGAGACCACGUCCCCUACCGCAACAGCAAGCUCACCCACCUGCUGCAGGAUGCCCUGGGAGGCGACGCCAAGCUGCUGGUGAUCGUCUGCGUGUCCCCCCACCGGCAGCACGUGGCCGAGACGCUGCAGAGCCUGGGCUUCGGGGCCCGCGCGCGGCAGGUGGAGCGGCAGGGGGGGCGGGGCCGCCCGGCCCCCAGGGGUCCCCGGUGAGGAGCGUGGGUGCUUGUGGGCUUCGUCCUCCCUCUCCUGUUUCCUGCCACGAGUGCACGUGUGAUGUUCGCGCCCCGAAAUGAACUCCUUUACAUCCGA